CGAAAACUAAUCUCCAUAAUGUAUCUUCUUGCAUAUCUGUACUAAAUAUUAGAGCAUACCUAAGUAGAGGAGAUUAAAAUUGAUCCCGCUGAAAAGAAAUUCGUGCCCAUGGAGAGUAAAGAAAGCGAAGCGAAGAGUUCGUUUAGAGCAUUGAAACUUGUCGUUUUCGGAGCUAGCGGGAACACAGGCAUAGCGCUUGUAAAGCAAGGAUUGGAUCUUGGCCAUGAAAUCACUGCCAUCUUACGUUCCCCUGAGAAAUUUUUAAUAAAGCAUGAAAACUUAAAGACUGUGAAAGGAGAUGCUUACAAAUUAGAGAGUUUCGUCAAUGAGAUUGCCGAGAAAGAUGCUGUCAUGUCGUGUCUCGGCUCAAAUGCUCGCGGUAUUGGUCAAACUACCACGAUAUACUCUGAAACCGUCAAGAUUAUCUUUGAAGCCAUGAAAAGACACUCCGUGAAACGUUUCGUUGCUGUUACAAGUUGGUGCGGUAAGAAAACUCCUCAGAAUCCCUGGUUUUUCGAAUGGAUUAUCCGUCCUCUGUACAUUGGCGGUGCUCUCAGCGACAUUGCGAUAAUGGAGGACUAUGUUGAGAACACGGAUGAAGGCGAUAUGAACUACACAAUCGUCAGACCGCCCAGGUUAACUAACGCUGUUGGUACUCGUAAUUUUCGAGUGGAAGAAGGUCUUUUCAACACCGGUGCAGGCAUCACGGCAAACAUACCUCGUGAAGAUGUUGCUCAUUUCAUGCUCGCUGUUUUGCAAACCGACGAAUAUGAUCGAAAAAUGAUAGCCAUCCAGGCAUCCAACUGUUGUGAACGAAAGAAGACGGGUAUAAAUAUCAACAAUGAAGAUCACUUCUAUAGUUUUUCUUUUGGUUUGCUUUGCACUGUUGCAUACGCAGCCGCAAGUGAAGAUGAAGAAAACGAUGAAGAUGGAAUUUUGAACGGUAUUAGCAGUUUUUCCAAUUCGAUUAUUUUAAAGACCGCGAAGCUCAUCUAUUGCAUACUUUGUCCACUUCCUACUGUUCGCUAACUCAUGGUCUUGAUUAAAAACGAAAGUGGUUUUGUUUAGAAAUCGAUGAU